GUCUCCGACGGAAGAUAUUCCAUGAAGGCCGUAGAACCAGUCGCUUAGCCUUGUACUUGCCAUACUCUCUCGUCAACCAUGGCGACUCUCACUGGCAAGCUCUUCUCGCCGUUAAGGCAGACAUAUCGCUACUUGCAAAAACAAGCACAUGAACAGCCCGUGAUCUUCUACUCCUGUGUACUCGGAGUGAUAGGACCCGUCAUGGUCGUUGUAGUGCCUCCCAUUCGGAAGAAGUUUGGUUGGAGAAAGCCGGAGGAAAUCCCUACUUCGUAUCCUAUCCCGAAUCGACCCCGGAGGCCGGUGCAAGGUUACGACGAUGAUCCCUGAGACUGAAGAAUGGCUUCAUCAUCGGUG